AUGCCAGUGGGUAGAGCCACCAAAGAAGGAAAAGCGUGUUCGUCUGUUCUCUGGAGUGGUGUGCAAUGGUGGGCUGCACUAGCUGACCAUGCGCAGAGAAAUCCUGCGUUCGAAGCUUUAUGGUCAAAAAUUGCGCCUUCAGAUGCAGCACCUCUGGCCAUAACUCCGCCAUCUCGGUUUGUUAUAUCCAUCCCUGCGUUCUUUGCCACCGAGUACGACGACGAAGAUGACGAAGAUGAGGAUGAAGAUUAUGAAAAGGUUCGAGUCGAAAGGAUGGCAUCAUUCCUGCGUCAGCUCCUGGAGAUACCCAGCGACGAGGUUCCAAGAUUGCGCCGUAGCUGCCGAACACAGCACGGGAAACUCUGGACGGUACUACGAGCCUUCUCUGGGAGUCUCAUCCUCCUUCGUUUCACGCCGUCUGAAGACCAACAACGAUCAGUUGAGCUUGCUAUUCAGUGCUCCGACGUGGCCGACCUCUCCGCGGUAAGCAUUUACCAUUAG